AUGGACACCGAGUCCCAGUACUCGGGCUAUUCCUACAAGUCGGGCCACUCCCGCAGCUCCCGCAAGCACAGGGACCGCCGGGACCGGCACCGCUCUAAGAGCCGAGAUGGGAGCCGUGGGGACAAGUCGGUGACAAUCCAGGCUCCAGGGGAGCCCCUGCUGGACAACGAGUCCACGCGAGGGGAUGAGCGGGUGAGUGAUGACAACUGGGGGGAAACGACGACGGUAGUAACAGGCACCUCGGAGCACAGCAUCUCCCACGAUGACCUCACGCGCAUCGCCAAGGACAUGGAGGACAGCGUCCCGCUGGACUGCUCUCGUCACCUGGGCGUGGCGGCGGGGGCCACUCUGGCGCUGCUCUCCUUCCUCACGCCACUGGCUUUCCUGCUGCUGCCCCCACUGUUGUGGCGGGAGGAGCUGGAGCCGUGCGGGACAGCCUGCGAGGGCCUCUUCAUCUCCGUGGCCUUCAAGCUGCUCAUCCUGCUCCUGGGCAGCUGGGCUCUCUUCUUCCGCCGGCCCAAGGCCUCGCUGCCGCGCGUCUUUGUACUGCGUGCGCUGCUCAUGGUGCUCGUCUUCCUGCUCGUCGUCUCCUACUGGCUCUUCUACGGUGUGCGCAUCCUGGACGCCCGGGAGCGCAGCUACCAGGGCGUGGUGCAGUUCGCGGUGUCGCUGGUGGACGCCCUGCUCUUUGUGCACUACCUGGCCGUGGUCCUGCUGGAGCUGCGCCAGCUGCAGCCUCAGUUCACGCUCAAGGUCGUGCGCUCCACCGACGGGGCCAGCCGCUUCUACAACGUCGGCCAUCUCAGCAUCCAGCGCGUGGCCGUGUGGAUCCUGGAGAAGUAUUACCAUGACUUCCCUGUCUACAACCCUGCCCUCCUCAACCUGCCCAAGUCCGUCCUGGCCAAGAAAGUGUCUGGCUUCAAGGUGUAUUCCCUCGGAGAGGGUGACACCAACAACUCCACCAGCCAGUCCCGGGCUGUGAUUGCAGCGGCGGCCCGGAGGCGGGACAACAGCCACAAUGAGUACUACUAUGAGGAGGCUGAGCACGAGCGGAGGGUGCGCAAGCGGAGGGCCAGGCUUGUGGUGGCAGUGGAGGAGGCCUUCACUCACAUUAAGCGGCUGCAGGAAGAGGAGCAGAAGAACCCCAGGGAGGUGAUGGACCCCCGGGAGGCAGCCCAGGCCAUCUUCGCAUCCAUGGCCCGUGCCAUGCAGAAGUACCUUCGGACCACCAAGCAGCAGCCUUACCACACCAUGGAGAGCAUCCUCCAGCACCUUGAAUUCUGCAUCACACACGACAUGACGCCCAAGGCCUUCCUGGAGCGAUACCUGGCAGCUGGACCCACCAUCCAGUACCACAAGGAACGCUGGCUGGCCAAACAGUGGACACUGGUGAGCGAGGAGCCGGUGACCAACGGGCUCAAGGAUGGCAUUGUUUUCCUCUUAAAACGCCAGGACUUCAGCCUGGUGGUGAGCACCAAGAAGGUCCCAUUCUUCAAACUCUCCGAGGAAUUUGUGGAUCCCAAGUCGCACAAGUUUGUCAUGAGGCUGCAGUCUGAGACCUCAGUGUGA